AUGACAAAUAUUUUUGAAAAUAUUUUUAAAAUCCAUCCAUUUUCUAAAAAUUUUCACGGCGAGGAUCUAUAUAUUGAUGGAUCAUAUAAUUUUCCAACCGAUAUAUGUUGUAAAAUUGAAGAACAACAAUUUCCAAAGGAUAAUAUUUUUUUGGAAAUAAAAGAAGAAGAAAAAGAAGAAAUAAAUAAUAAUUUAAAUUAUUAUUUUAAGUCAAUGGAAGUGCGACCAAGUGAUAAAGAAUUUUUCAACUAUGAUUGGUUUAGUUUUUUUAAUGAAAAUUCUUUAAACUUAUCCAUAAUUUUUAAUGGAAAAAAAAAAGAAAAAAAUGAAGAUGGUGGUGAUGGUAGUGGUGGUAGCGUUAGUGUUAGUGUUAGUGUUAGUGAUGAAGAUGAUGAAAAUAAUAAAAUACUAUUAAGUAAAACCGUUAAAAAAUCUAAAAAAUCAGGUAAAUUUAAAACUAUAAAUUUUACAGCUGAUAUUUUUAAAUUAAAACAAAAUGAAGCCGCCAAAUCAUUAAAUAUAUCAACUUCUUGUAUAAAUAGAUUAUUAAAAGAAGAAAUCACUAGAAUCCCUUCCUUGCGUGAAAUAUAUUUUAAACCUGGAAAACGUCGUAUUAUUUGGCCACAUAGAAAUUGCUCCAAAUCUCCACUAGUUCAAUAUGCUAUAAAAAAUAAUGGAAUUUGUAUAAAAUAUAGAAAAUAUAAAAAAGGAAAUUAA